GCAUUAAUGAAUAACAUAUUUUAAACAUAAGGUCUCAGAAGACUUUUCAUAUUUACUAUAUUUGAUAAUGAAUUGUCACAGCAUUUGAGUUUGCAUUGACUAAACUUUGAUUUGAGUUUUGAUAUGCAGCUUUUGCUCCACUAAAACUUUUUAUCCAUCCAAGGAAUUUUAUCUCUUCUAUUAACUCACUGAUGUUUCAGGAACGUGGACGGCCAUAUAAAGACUCUUAGAAGCAAACAAAACAAACUUUUUCAAGCGCUUGAGACGUACGAAGAAAGAAACAAAUAAACCUCGGGAUUGAGUCAUGUCUCGCCGAAGAAGCCGCAGCGCAUCGCCAGGGCGAUUUGCACGCUCCUGCAGCAGUAAUGAUCCCAGAGAUUUGGAGAGGAGGAUUUUUGUUGGGAAUUUGCCGACCUCCGACAUGGAAAAGAAGGAUUUGGAAGACAUGUUCAACCCAUACGGAAAGAUAGUGGGCGUAUCCAUGUUUCGCGGGUUUGGAUUUGUACAAUUUGAGCGCAUUGAGGAAGCCGAAGCAGCAAAGGCGGCCCAAAAGGGUCGAAUAUAUAAAGGUUAUAAAAUAGAUGUAAAUAUGGCAGUGGAGCGACGACAAGCUAAACCUCAAAUCCAGCAGAGCCCUCCACGAAGGGCCCCCUACAGCAGUUAUGGGGACACCAAAGAGGCCCGGCCUCGGUCCCGUUCACCCGUGUAUGGGCGUGACGGGGGGCGUGAUGGGCGUGAAGGACGUGAGCCCCGGGACAGUCGGGAUGGGAGGGCCCCAAGUAGAGAGCCUAGGCCAGGUAGCCACUCUCGUGAUCCUGAUUACCGUUACCGUAGCUCAGAGAGUAGAGACAAGGACCUCCGAAGUGACCCACGGGAUUCUGCAUACAGCAGAGAAGACUAUGACCGAUUGUUCCGCAGUGGAAGUGGUGCUGAUGACUAUUAUCGGAGGAAGGAAGAAACCUACAGGGACCCGUUCAGAGAUCCAUGGAAUGGACGACGUGAACCAGAAGCUAUGUCAGAUGAACGUGCCCGACCAGAAGAGCGUCGACGUAAUGAGUUGUAUCGACAGUACUAUGAAGAACUCCAGCGGCGCUACGACUCUGACCGUCCUGUUGACUGCUCUGUGAUCGUCGUCAACAAGACGCAGAAUCGGGAGUAUGCUGAGACAGUCGGGCGGAAAGUCCGUGAUUUGGGAAUGGUGGUGGACCUGAUCUUCCUCAACACAGAAGUGUCACUAACCCAGGCACUGGAAGAUGUAGGCCGAGCCCGCACUCCUUUUGCAAUCAUAAUUACCCAGCAGCACCAGGUUCACCGAUCCUGUACGGUCAACAUCUUGUUCGGCACACCUCAAGAGCAUCGAAACAUGCCAAUGCAGGAUGCCAUGAUGCUAGUUGCCCACAACUAUGACACCUACAAAGUUGAAAACCGUGAAAAAGAACGUGAGGAGAUUGCCAGGAAAGCUGCCAAGAUGGCGGAUGAUGUGUUACUCCGGGAGCCCGACAGAGAAAGCAACCCAGUGUCUGUGCUCACUGCCAUCACACUGCUGUCUGAAAAUAGAUUUGUAACUCCAGAGGAACUGGACAGUCUUGUUGCAUACCUGAAGGACAAAAGAGCACGGCUGUUAAGAAGCACUGCAGACCCUCAUGCAGGUAAGAAACGCGUUGUAAAUAAUGUGGACAAAGAAUCCAGGGCAUCCAGGUUCAAGUUAAGCAGUAAUGAUCCCAGAGAUUUGGAGAGGAGGAUUUUUGUUGGGAAUUUGCCGACCUCCGACAUGGAAAAGAAGGAUUUGGAAGACAUGUUCAACCCAUACGGAAAGAUAGUGGGCGUAUCCAUGUUUCGCGGGUUUGGAUUUGUACAAUUUGAGCGCAUUGAUGAAGCCGAAGCAGCAAAGGCGGCCCAAAAGGGUCGAAUAUAUAAAGGUUAUAAAAUAGAUGUAAAUAUGGCAGUGGAGCGACGACAAGCUAAACCGCAAACCCAGCAGAGCCCUCCACGAAGGGCCCCCUACAGCAGUUAUGGGGACACCAAAGAGGCCCGACCUCGGUCCCGUUCACCCGUGUAUGGGCGUGACGGGGGACGCGAUGGGCGUGAAGGACGUGAUGUGCGUGAUGGGCGUGAUGGACGUGAAGGACGUGAAGGACGUGAGCCCCGGGGCAGCCGUGAUGGGAGGGCCUCAAGUAGAGAGCCUAGGCCAGGCAGCCACUCUCGUGAUCCUGAUUACCGUUACCGUAGUUCAGAGAGUAGAGACAAGGACCUCCGAAGUGACCCACGGGAUUCUGCAUACAGCAGAGAAGACUAUGACCGAUUGUUCCGCAGUGGAAGUGGUGCUGAUGACUAUUAUCGGAGGAAGGAAGAAACCUACAGGGAGCCAUUCAGAGAUCCAUGGAAUGGACGACGUGAGCCAGAAGCAGAUGAACGUGCUCGACCAGCAGAGCGUCGACGUAAUGAGUUGUAUCGACAGUAUUAUGAAGAACUCCAGCGGCGCUACGACUCUGACCGUCCUGUUGACUGCUCUGUGAUCGUCGUCAACAAGACGCAGAAUAGGGAGUAUGCUGAGACAGUCGGGCGGAAAGUCCGUGAUUUGGGAAUGGUGGUGGACCUGAUCUUCCUCAACACAGAAGUGUCACUAACCCAGGCACUGGAAGAUGUAGGCCGAGCCCGCACUCCGUUUGCAAUCAUAAUUACCCAGCAGCACCAGGUUCACCGAUCCUGUACGGUCAACAUCUUGUUCGGCACACCUCAAGAGCAUCGAAACAUGCCAAUGCAGGAUGCCAUGAUGCUAGUUGCCCACAACUAUGACACCUACAAAGUUGAAAACCGUGAAAAAGAACGUGAGGAGAUUGUCAGGAAGGCUGCCAAGAUGGCGGAUGAUGUGUUACUCCGGGAGCCCGACAGAGAAAGCCACCCAGUGUCUGUGCUCACUGCCAUCACACUGCUGUCUGAAAACAGAUUUGUAACUCCAGAGGAACUGGACAGUCUUGUUGCAUACCUGAAGGACAAAAGAGCACGGCUGUUAAGAAGCACUGCAGACCCUCAUGCAGCUUCAGUCCAUGCUGCACCUUCUGCAGCAUCACAUCAUGACAUCCCGCACUCGGCUGCAGGACUUCCUCCAUCCCACUCUGUUCACACACCGUCACAGUCCAGCCACCUUGGCAUAUCAGCUGGUCCAAGUCCCUCAGCUAACCCCAGCAACCAGCAGGAGCUGCAGGCUAAGAUCCUCAGCCUGUUCAACAGCGGUACUGGAGUGUCAGGAGCUGCUGGAGGUCCACUCUCUGCUGCCUCCUCACAGUCCCAGAUCUACGGUUCCCUUGGCCCUUCCUCUUCCCAGAGCCAAACCCGUCCACCCAUGCCAGGCCCUCCUCCAGCUGGAUCCCAGGGUUAUGGCCCAUCAGGCCACAUGCCAGUCGCACCAGGUGGUCCGAGGCCUCCCAGCGCUGCUUCGGGUAUCAAUUUUGACAACCCGAGCGUCCAGAAAGCUCUGGACACUCUCAUUCAGAGUGGACCAUCUCUCAACCACCUGGUGGGCAGUGGGACCUCUCAACCUCCACCACCCAGGUCGGCACCCAGCAUGGGCCAGGUCCCACCCAUGUCUAUGUAUCCCCGACAUUAUUGACGAGUUGUAGUGAAUGACUCACCUCUCCCUCUGAUACAAGUAGACACCACAUCAAUUUUCUGUGCAGUGAAUUUACCAGCUGUGUAUAGGUAGUCUCUAGGGAUGUUUUGUAAAAGCUUUUAAUCUUCUUUUUUUAAUUUUAUUUUGGAUAUUGAUUAAUUGGUUGCACGGCCCUGUAUUUUCAAUUGCUAUGAGCCAGAAAAUUAUUGUUCAGUCUUCUUGUUUGUGAGUGAAUUCAUGAGGCAAUGUUGCAUGUGUACAUUGUUUUGUUGCAAAUUGAACUCCUUAGUUCUUUUCCAACCAUGGUCUGUUGUGUUGUAUAGUUUUGCACGGUGUCUUUUUUUAAUUUAGAACAUUUUUAUUGUCAAAAAAAGACAUGAUUAAAAACUCCAGACACAAUUGCUGUAAUAAAAUGGUAUUGGUUUAUUGCAUUUUGUGCUGACAAAUCUAUAAAAUGGAACGGGUAUCGCCAGAAGCCAUAGAGAUAUAAGCAUUUGAAAUGUAAGAUAAAACUACUUUUUCCUCUUUUUAAUGUACCAUGAAACACAAUAGAGAAUAAUACGUUUUUUUGUUUUUUUUUUAAAUUUUAGAAUAUUUAACUUACACUGACACAAAAAAUAAACACCUCCACACUAACUGUAUUUGAUUUAUUUACACGUAGACCCCUCCCACCC